AUGACGAAUCAAGCAGUUUUUUUAGAUAUGGACGGGACAAUUUUAAAUGAAGACAACAGAGUCACGAAUCAUACAAAUGAUGUUAUUCAAGAAGUUAGACAAAAAGGCAUUAAAGUAUUUAUUGCGACAGGAAGAGCAUAUGAUGAAAUUUCAUAUUUAGUACCAGAGAACUUUGAAGUUGAUGGUAUCUUAUCUUCAAAUGGAGCAGUAGGAUAUAUUAAUGGAAAAGAAAUAUUUAAACACCAACUGCCUAUGGAAACAGUGCGUAAACUUGUUGAUUUAGCAGAACAACAUCAAAUUUAUUAUGAGUUAUUUCCAUAUUAUAAAAAUCGUAUCGCCUUAAAACGUGAUAAAACGUUAUUACUUUCUGAAAUCCAAACAGAUGAAUUAGGUGAUGUAGAACGUAACGAAUGGAAAUCACGACAAGAAGCUUUAAAAAUUAAAAAAUGGGAAGAGCUUAUCGUACCAAUGAAAGAAGAAUUAGAUAUUUCAAUAUCUCAUUCAACAACUUGUAAUUUAGAAACAAUGCCUAUAGGUGUUAACAAAGCGACAGCUAUUCAAUCGACUUUAGACUAUUUAGGAAUUGCAGAAGAUACUGAAACAUUUGCGAUUGGUGAUAGUGAUAACGAUAGACAAAUGCUCGAGUUUGUAGACAAUCCAAUUGUUAUGAAAAAUGCACCUGAUCAUAUUAAAGCGUUAGGUAGUGAAGUUACGAGACGUACAAAUGUAGAAAAUGGUGUCGCUGACUUUUUAAGUCAAAAGUUUUUAAUUAAAUAA